GUUCAAAUGGGCGACGCGGGCACGUACACUUGUUCAUCCAUAGCCGACGGCAAAGAGGUUUCUGUUUCAUUCGCACUGUUCGUCUACAAAGCGAUCUCGUUCCAAGGAACCAAAGAUGUUCAAACGGCGACCGAAGGUGACGACAAAGCUGUUAUCAGAUGCGAGGCCAGUGGUUCUAAGACACCGGACUUCUCCUGGCAACUCAACGAUCGCGCCAUCCGAGACAACAAAGGCAAUAAGAAAUAUUCGGUCAAGGACAACGUUCUCACCAUCUACAAUGUGCAGACGACGGACGCGGGCAACUAUACUUGUAAAGCGUUCAUGGGAACCAAACACCUGGUGUCCGUGCAGAAGAAAGAAAUCCAAUUCCUCGUCCAAUACCGUCCGAGAUUCAAGGACACGACUCCGGACGUGACGUACGCGCGAGUAGGCUCGAUGGCCAAGAUUACUUGCGAUGCUGAAGGUGAGCCAACACCUUCGAUCCAAUGGCUGCGUGGCAAAGAGCACAUCUACAUGCGCGAUGAGUUCAACAUCAUCGGCAACGUCGGAUCCAGUACGCUCAACAUUGAUGUGCGCGACCACACUUACUACGAUGUCUACACGUGCCAUGCUCAGAACGGACUCGGAGUCCGCGAGAAACAUAUCACGCUGAAAGAGGGAGGUCCGCCGACUACGCCUCGAGUAAGCGUCAUCGACGCGAAGAAAGACACGAUAGUUCUACACAUCGAGCACAACGACGACGAGUAUCUGAAUCAACUCGGCAUCGACUCGUUCCGGGUUCAGUAUAAAACUGACGAAGGAACAUGGGAGACGGCUCCCGCUCAAGAAUACGCCGUCAAUCGCGAUCGCAGUCCACACUAUCACCUUCGCAAUUUGAACACCAACACGAGCUACGUGAUUCGAGUGGCAGCCAACAAUGCGGCAGGUCCUUCAGACUUCUCUCAGGAGCUUUACCAUCGCACGCAGACUAUGGACUAUCAACGCGCACCCGUCGCGGCCUCGAGUCAACUGUUUUCGUCCACGGUUGUUCUUCUAUUCCCGUUGCUGCUAUUGAGACAGCGAACUUAGAGGCAACUCAAACCCCUCCCUUACCACGCGUAGUUGAGCCAAUGGUUGAGCCAGAGCUGUCAAGUGCAAACAUCAUCAUCAACAACAACAAACCAAAUUUCUCUUCGAAUCUAUCAAACUCUGCAUCCCUCGCACGGAGGGAACAGAUACAAACGAAAUAUAUGGAAUUCAUGAGCUAGGUCCGCCGGGACGGCGAUAUGCCUCUCUCGCUCGGGCAACAAAUUCGCUAUUCCAAUCCAGUCUGCAUGAU